UAUAAGGCUUUUAAAUGCACUGCGAGCAAUACAAGUAGACACGCUGACGCCGAGUGAAGCGCGUGGAAGAGAGCCCCCACAAUGCGUCAGCUGACUACAGAGGAUCUGAAGACCCUGGAAGUAGACCUUAAAAACUACUUUCCACAGUCACGGCAGGUAUAUGGAUGUAUUGUCCAACUCAACAGAACUGGACAGAGAGCUGAUCCUGUUAGUGUGUUUGUUGACCUGUGGCCAGACUUCAGAGUUGUACUCAUUAAACCAGAAGUUCGUGAGACGGGAGACCUUUUCAAAGACUUGACUGUGUUUUCAAAAAACGAUGUCUACCUCAGAGACCUGCUGGCACAGAUAGAUGUCAUUGAUUGGAAGAUGUAUAUUUGCUUAGCCGCUGAGCUUCAACAUGAGAAGAUGCUGGAAGUCGUGGCAAUAAACAGAGGUGUACCCGUGAAGAAAGAAGCUGUGUGCCACAUGUUGGUUCUUCGAGAGACAUCAAAACAGUCACAAGUUGAUAGUUUAUCACUGACGCUAUCUUCUCUCAACGAGUCUCAUCUUGAACUAGUGAACAGUAGCUGGAAGUUUGGCUGUGAACACAGCAAACUAAUGAUUAAGAAUAUGAUUUUGAACUUUCCCUCUUGUUGUGUCCUGGACGCAGAUGAUCAACCAGUAGCAUGGAUAUUAACUUAUCCCUCCUGUGCUCUGGGAAUGUUGUACACUGUUCCAGAACACAGAGGAAAAGGCUAUGCAAAAGCACUGGUCACCAUUAUGUCAAAGAGACUCCACUCUCAAGGUUAUCCAGUGUACUGUUUUAUAGAGGAGAAGAACCAGUUAUCCUACACGCUCUUCACAAGCCUGGGUUUCACAGAGGAACCGGAUUACAGGGCAGCCUGGUUUGUAUUUAAUGAUUUUUAGAGCAGAAAUCAAAAUUGUUUAGCUUCUGUUCUGUCUGAUGCUGUGUGUUGCUAUGUAAAAAGCUGUUUUCUGAUAUGAUGUUCAUACAACUUUAAAAAAACACCAAUACAUCAACCACAUCAUUAACCAAAA